AUGCCUUCUCUUCCAAAUUCUGAUGAGUUAAUUUUUUUUGUGAAUGGGAGAAAGGUCAUAGAGAAGAAUGCUGACCCUGAAGUAAACCUACUAUUCUACCUGAAGAAAGUCCACUGUCUUGAGGGGACCUGGGCCCUCUUUUCCUUGACUCCCUUCCUUCCAUAUGGCUGUGGGGGAGGAGGCUGCGGCGCCUGCACCGUCAUGGUGUCAAGAUACAACCCCAAGACCAAGAAAAUCCACCAUUAUCCAGUUACAGCGUGCCUAGUGCCCAUCUGCUCUCUGUAUGGGGCUGCAGUCACCACAGUAGAAGGUGUAGGAAGCAUCAAAACCAGGAUUCACCCCGUGCAGGAGACACUUGCCAAGUGUCAUGGCACGCAGUGUGGCUUCUGCAGCCCAGGGAUAGUGAUGUCCAUCUAUCUGCUGCUCAGGAACCACUCAGAGCUGACCCCCAAGCAAAUAACCAAAGCGCUCGGAGGUAAUUUGUGCCACUGUACUGGAUAUCCCAGUGGGAAAACUUUCUGUGAGGAAUCAACUGUUUGUCAAAUGAAAGGAUCAGGAAAAUGUUGCAUGGAUCAAGAAGAGAGGUCUUUUGUGACUAGACAGGAAAAAUUGUGUACCAAACUGUAUAAUAAAGAUGAAUUCCAGCCCUUGGAUCCAUCCCAGGAACCUAUAUUCCCUCCUGAACUUAUAGUAAGAUAUUUUACAGAAAUGGCAGAAGAUCCAAACAAGAGAAGGCUGACAUUCUGAGGGGAGAGGACUGCCUGGACUACUCCAGUAACUCUCAACAACCUUGUGGAGCUGAAAGCCAACUUCCCCAAAGCCCCCGUUGUCAUGGGGAACACUACAGUGGGACCCAACGUUAAAUUCAGAGAUGAAUUCCAUCCAGUUUUCAUAUCUCCAACUGGGCUUCCAGAAUUAUAUUUUGCAGACAGCACAGCUAAUGGGGUGACAAUAGGUGCGGGGUACAGCCUGGCCCAGUUGAAUGAUGCCUUACAUUUUAUUGUUUCAGAGCAACCGAAGGAGAAGACUAAGACCUACCGUGCCCUCCUGAAGCAUCUGAGGACACUUGCCGUAACCCGGAUUAGGAGUAUGGCGACUUUAGGAGGACAUGUGGUGAGCAGACCUAAUUUUUCUGACCUAAAUCCUAUUUUAGCAGCUGGAAAUGCUGUCAUCAAUCUGAUAUCUAAAGGUAAGAGACCAAGCUUUAGGCAUUGUCAUUUCUCUAAAUAUAAAGUGAAUGGUAGAUUCCUGAAUGGUAGAGCCCUUUUCUUGAGAUCACCUGAAGCCAAUCUUAAAUCAGAAGAGAUUGCAUUGUCUGUUGAUAUUCCCCACUCCACUAGGUGUGUGAAUCCCCACCAACCCCGACAAGAUCCAGUUGGCCACCCAGUCAUGCACCAGUCAGCCAUUGAACACACCACAGGGGAAGCUGUGUAGUGUGAUGACUUGCCUUCCAUCUCCCAAGAACUCUUCCUGGCAGUAGUCACCAGCACCAUAGCUCAUGCAAAGAUCAUAUCAAUUGAUGUUUCAGAAGCCCUCACACUUCCAGGUGUUGUUGAUGUGAUAACAGCAGAGAAUGUUCCAGGAAAUAAUAGCUAUCAGGGAGGAGUGCUCUAUGCACAAAAUGAGGUAAUUUGCGUGAGUCAGAUCGUCUGCACCGUGGCUGCUAUCUAUGCUCAUGCGAGAGAGGCAGCUAAAAAAGUGAAGAUAACUUACAAAGAUAUAGAACUGAGGAUUAUCACAAUAGAGCAAGCCCUAGAGCACAAUUCAUUUCUUUCUGCUGAGAAGAAAAUUGAGCAAGGAAAUGUAGAGGAAGCCUUUUAACAUGUUAAUCAAAUUAUUGGAGGUAAAUGAGAUCCACGGGAAGGACAGGAACAUUUUUACAUGGAAAUGCAAACUAUCCUGGCUAUCCCAAAAGCAGAAGAUAAAGAAAUGGUGUUAUACCUUGGAACACAGUUUCCAACUCAUGUGCAGGAAUUUGUGGCUGCAGCACUAAACAUCACCUGCCAUAUGAAAAGAGCUGGAGGAGCAUUUGGAGGGAAACUGGGCAAGUCUGCUCUGCUAGGAGCUGUCAGUGCUGUGGCUGCCAAUAAGACUGGCUGCCCAAUCCAGUUUAUUCUAGAGCGUGGUGAUGACAUGCUGAUAACUGCUGGCCGCCACCCACUCCUCGGAAAACACAAGAUUGGGUUUAUGAACAAUGGUGUGAUCAAAGCUGCUGAUCUUGAAUAUUAUAUCAAUGGCGGAUGCGCUCCUGAUGAAUCUGAGAUGGUGAUAGAGUACAUUGUGCUGAAAUCUGAAAAUACAUAUUAUAUUCCUAAUUUCUGGUGCCAGGGUAAAGCUUGCAAAACAAAUUUGCCAUCCAACACUGCCUUUCGAGGACUUGGCUUUCCCCAGGCUACAGUGGUAGUUGAAGCUUAUGUAACUGCUGUAGCAACUCAAUGUGACUUACUACCUGAAGAAGUUAAAGAAAUAAACAUGUAUAAGAGAAUUAGCAAAACAGCCUAUAAUCAGACAUUUAAUCCAGAGCCCUUAUGAAAAUUGAAAGAAUGUCUGGAGAAAUCUUCAUUCCAUGCUAGGAAACAGGAUGCCGAGGAAUUUAAUAAAAAGAAUUACUCGAAGAAGAGGGGGCUGGCCGUGGUCCCCAUGAAGUUUACCAUUGGGAUCCCCAUAAGCUAUUGCACUCAGGCUGCCGCUCUUGUUCGUAUCUAUAUUGAUGGCUCUGUCUUGAUGACUCAUGGUGGCUGUGAAUUGGGACAAGGGCUCCACACCAAAAUGAUUCAGGGAGAUGAUCAAGAGCAGAACAUCCUCUCAUCAUAUAUUCACCUGUCUGAAACAAGCACAAUCACAGUGCCCAAUACUGUCAUGACGGCAGCGUCCGUGGGGACAGAUAACAACGGAAGGGCCAUGCCCGUGGCUAGUCAAGAGCAGAACAUCCUCUCAUCAUAUAUUCACCUGUCUGAAACAAGCACAAUCACAGUGCCCAAUACUGUCAUGACGGCAGCGUCCGUGGGGACAGAUAACAACGGAAGGGCCAUGCCCAUUGAAGGAGCGUUUAUCCAAGGCAUGGGACUCUAUACCAUAGAAGAACUGAAAUACUCUCCAGAAGGUGUACUUUAUUCUCGAGUCCAGAUGACUAUAAAAUCCCCACUGUCACUGAAAUACCAGAAGAGUUCUCACAGGCUGGAAGUCCAAGAUCAAGAUCCCAACAGGAGACAGGAAGAGAAAAAGCAAACUCCUGGCAGAGUGGUGCUCACUAACUUCUGA